GGAGAGGGAAAGAGAGAGAAAAAAUCCUGCUGACAUCAUCCAGCAUGACAGGGCUCUUCGAGCAGCAGCAGCCCCGUCCCCCCCCUCCCGCGCGGCACUAAUGCACUGGCUCUCGAGGACCGCUACAGCGCAGCCUCCAGCCACAUCUUGGGGCUGUGGGGGGAGGAGGGGGCAGGUCACAGAGCCCAUUCUGGGCUGCCGAGCGACCGACGCACUGUCCUCGCUGAUUAGCCGUGGGAUUCCUGCCUGGCCCGGAGAGCGAGAGCGCUGGCUGCAGCCGGAGACGUGCACGGGGCCUUCCCUCUGGAUGACAGAUCAUGCCUGGAGAAUCCGCCAAGGCUGAAGGGGCUCUGCUGCAGACGGACCCCGGCGGCCUGUGCCCGGCAGAGGCAGAUGGCUCUCGGAAUGCCUCCAGCACUUCCACCCCCAGUGGUGCCUCUUCACCCCUCUCCGCCCUGACUCCAGUGCAGGUCUCCCUGACAGCAGCCCCUGAUUGUACAAGCCCUGCUGCCAUGGACCCCACCCUCUGCAGCCCAGGAGCCCUGGCCUUCCUGCCGGCCAAGAAAGAGGACAGGCCCCAGCCAGAAGGAGCCAGCUGUGACAUGGCUGUUGGAAGCUCCCCCGCUGGCCUGGCCGCACUGAGCGAGUGUGGCCAGGUCCUGCUGGAAACACCUCCCAAAGCUUGUGCGGCCCCCAAAGGCUUCCAGGAAGCGCUGAGCGUGGAUAUGCUGGACACCAGGAUUGUGAUGGGGGAGGAGACCCAGUGCAGCCGUGACAAGACGGACGCAGGGGUGGAGCCGCACAGCUCUCUGCUGGACACCAAGGCUCCUGUGUCUGAGGCAGCCGUCACUGAAAGCCUCGUGGCUGAUGCCAGAGAGGAGUCAAGUGAGGAGGAAAAUCAGAUCCUAGAGAGCAGCUCCGAGGCUGCUGGGAAACUCUCUGCCCAGGCCACACCAGGGGAAUCUCCCUGCCCCAAACCCAGAGACAACAGGCAAGUGUGUCUCUAUCAGCCUCCUGGUCUGCUACCCUGGGAGCCCGAAGAGCCAAGCGUGACGAUAAAGGAGAAGUUGUUUUCUCAGGGUGAAAGCAUGGCUGACGUGCCUUCCCCAUCUCCCGUGCCUGCCAAAGACCCCCCCGAUGAGCUGGCCGAGGCAGGGCACUUGCAACCCCCACAGGUCAAACCAGUCCUGGAUCCAGACCUGUACUUCACAGCCCCAUCAACGCCCAUCAAAACAGUCUACUCCCACCUCAAGCACCUCCCCUACACCAAGGACAGCCUGAGCGAGGAGCAGAGCGAUAUGGACAAUGAAGGGCUGUGCUCCCCACCCACCUCUCCAUCAGGGUCCUACAUCACCGCCGAGGGGGGCAGCUGGGCCUCCUCAGGCACCUCCAGCACGUCCCCAUCUUGUUCUCCCAACCUGAUCGCUGAGUCGGAGACCAUAGAAGCCUCAACUGCUUAUGGGGAAUCCCUGUCGGAGCUGGAGCUUUCUGAGGAGCCGGCUCAAUAUGCCAGGAGCUCCUGUCUGUCUCCUGAGCUGCUGGAGGAGGAGGAAGGUGACCUGUCUUUGGACAGACUCUCCUCUGGAAACACGGCUCUGCCUUCAGUGCCGGCAGAGGAGGAAGGGAAUGGUCAGACCAUGCCAGAAGAGUGGGACUCUGAAAUUGCUACCUCUAUUGCAUGGGUCCCUCACACCACAGAGCUGGAGGAUCCAGGUGAGCUGCUGCCAGUUCAGGACAAGGACCUGCCCCAGCCAGGAGGAGACUCUGGGGAUGAAACAGAGCCACUGAAAAGCACUGUGGCCAGGCAGCUCCUUAAGGUGGAUGUCUUCACCUCUGACACAGCUGGUGCCAACCUGGGGGCCAUGGAUGCAGCAAAAGAGCCCCUGGAGUCCAGCCUGUUGUCCUGUUCCCCCAUCCCCUUGCCAGGCCUCCAGUCAGAGUCCAGCAGUGUGUCUGGGGCAAGCUGCUCAUCGGACACAGAGACACCCAGCAGCCUGCAGGCCGAGACCACCGGCUCCUCAGCAGAGCUCCCAUCAGACUUCACAGACAACGACCAGAUGAUCCCUGCCACGCUGCUGCCCUUUCACGGGAGCCUGAUCUUCGAGGCUGAGUCGCUGGAGAUAACACUGUUUCCCCAGGGCGAGUCCGUGGAGAACGUUGUCUAUGGGGCAGAGGAAGACGACAGCACCUCCGCCUCCUUCCUGCACUCUCUGUCGGAGAACUCCAUCAACGAGGGCGUGGAUGAGUCCUUCGUCUACCAAGAUGACACUUCCCAGUCCUCCAACUCCACCUCCUAUAACGGCGAGGCGGAUGAGCGGCUGUACAGCACCGAGCAAUAUGCUGUGGUGACCCCCUUGGCUCAGGAAGGGGAGAAGCCAGCUGUGGAGGACUCUGAGCCAGUAGCCUCCCGCUCAGGCAGCGAGAGCGAGAUGGAGACGUCAUCAGAUGCCUCUGACACCGAUGAGGAAUACACAGCUUUCUCAGCUCUGGACAUGGAGCUGGCUGCAGUCCCCCACACAGAAGUGGAGGUCGGGUUUGAGCCAGAGGGCAAUGUGGCUCACCAGGAUGAGCUGGAGGGAACCAUGGAGGAGGAAGAAGGGGAGGCAGAGAGGCAGCCACCAGCCCAAAGUGAGGGGAUGCCAAAAUUGGCAGCAAUCGCCGAACCCAAGGCAGCACCAGUGGGUGAACACAGCGACUCUGAAGACAGCCCAGGAAGCAGCAGUGUCUCGGCCACAGGCUGCAGCUGGAGCCCCUCUCUGAAACCAGACAGUACAACAUCCUCCGAGGAAUCUGCUCCAAGAGCCGAAUCUGACCGGGCGGGUGACUCUCCGGGGAAUACUGGCUCCUCCUCAGAGAGCUCCCUAGAGCACCAGUCCUCACUGUCGGACAUCCAGGAGGCCCUGGAGAAAGGACUCCCCAGUUCAGGAGAGUGCCUAAUUACCUGCUUUGAUACAGACGAGGAGAUGGAGGCCUUCCCUGGGCUGGAGGUAGUCUUGGAGAACACAGAGCCAAUAAGUCAGUCGGCUACUGCUGAAGUGUGUGGGGCACCAUGGAGAGGUGGGGAUGGGAGGGGAUCUGUGAUACCCUUGCCAUGGAAACAGAAGCCAGCUCCCACUGAGCUCGCUGAGCCUACUGCCAGGAAAGCCAGUGAUGCCUCUAUGUUUGAGAUAGGCACCAAGCUGAAGGAGUCUGAAGCGCAUCUCCUGGAGCUCCUAGACCAGGACAGCACUUCUCUGGGAGGGAGGAGGGAAGAUCACUUUGAGGCCCAACUGGGAGCCUCCGAUGACACCAGCUUGGAACAGCCUGAAGUGGCCAGAGCUGACAGUGAGCCAGCAGGAGAGUGCUUGAUCGCCUGCUUCUCCUCCUCUGAGGAGGAGCUGGAGGAGGCCGCCUCUCUCGAUCAAGUCAACAACAAUGAGGAACAAGGGGAGCUGUUCUUGGAAGCCAACCUGGAUUCCUUGCCCCCUCUGGGACAAAAUGACACACAGCCAAACGUGCUCACAGAAACAGCCAGCCACAACAAGCCCACAUUGGCUGUGGUGGUGGAUCAGCAACAGGAGCCCCCUCUCCCACCUGGGGAUGCAGAGUCCCAGAGCCUGGACCUCCAUGCGAUGCAGAAAGGCCUGCAGGAACUCCAGAGGAGGCUGGAUGGGAGCAGCCAGCUCUUCAGGCAGCAGGAGUGUGGGGAGCUGGACAUGAGCUCAGAGUCUGAGAUAGAGACCUAUGUGAAAAGGUAUUUCAGCACAACAGAGUUUUCACUGCUCCCUCAGGCCACAGCAACUCCAGAGAGCACUGAACCAACCUGGGGGCAAGAAGCUCUAGGCAAGGAGUUGGCCCUGGCAAACAGCAGCAUCCCUGAGCCAGUCUGGCUAUGCUCAGGGACAGAGACCAAAGACUCCAACUCAAGAGAACCUCAACUGGACAAGAGCAUCCCUGCCUCUCCUGGCAGCUGGAUGCCAGCAGAAAUGAACAGCAGAACAGACCAGAAUCAAGAGGAGCUCAAGGCAAGCACAGAAGAGAAGCAGCUCGCCACUGAGGCUGUAGAAUCUGACUUGGAGUCCAAGUUUGGUGUCUCACCUGUCACUGCGAUGGAAGAGAUCCAGCCAAAGGUGGCUGCUCAGGCUCUGGAGAGCCUGGGAGAACCUGUGGAAAUGGUAACUCCAGCUCCCUGUUCAGGCACAGUCAACUAUGACUUGCAGACCAGAUCUGCUGAGGGAGCCACUGAUGCAUCUGUAUCAGGAAGUGAGGCAUACAGCCAAACAGAUUCUGUCUUGGCUCAGGUUUUCCCCCUAGGAGACCAACUUGAAAUGGAAUCUCCCACUGUAGCUGCUCUAGGCCAAACCCUGCCCAAACCAGGGGCUCAAGCGCUCCAGGCCCCGCAUGUCUGCAGCUUGGAUCCAGAUGUGCCUGAGUUGAGGGACAGCAACAUGAAUCUACUGAAAACAGCUGGCUCAGAGUCUCCCUGGGAGCCUGAGCAUGGUGCUGGAGAGGAUCAAGACUUGUCUGUCUCAACAAGCUGCAGCGAGAACGUCAUGCUUAAGGGGGGAAUGGAGAACGCUGAUGCAGAAGAAAUGGCCAAGAAAACUGAAGACCAGCCCAACCAUGACAAGCUGCCUGGUGGGAAGGGGACCUCUAACCAAGAGCAGUGGGUGGAUAGUACCCAGCUUCCUCAGGAAGCAAAGGCUGCUGCAAAAGAUGAGCCAGCCACUCCACAGGAGAGCGAGAGUCUCGGCAGCAUGCUGGAAGAGGAAGCGCUUAUCUCUGAGGCUACAUCCGAAGAAGGGGUCUGCCUCACCGAUGAGGAGAGGGAGGCUGAGGCUCAGCCUGAAGAGAGUUGGCCAGGAACUCCCCUGCCCAAAGGAGAGAGGGAGGUGGAGCUGGCAGAAAGUGCAGAGGCAGCUUCCGAAGGCAGCUCUUCAUCAUUCAGUGAUGACCUGCCCAGUGGAGACUCACUGGAAGGCAGACAAACACCAGGCCGUGCAGCACUUGGUCUUGACGACAAGACCACCACUGCGGACUCUACAUGGGAGGAACUUGACAAGGCUGCUUCCUCCAGAGGAUCCUCCCCAGAGCCACCGGACACCACAUGGGCCUUCAUGCACACUGAUUCCAGCUUCUUCAUGCUCUCUGAGGAGAGCACAGGAGAGAUCACCAGGCUGGUUGAGUCAAAAUCCUCCCAGACAUGGAGAGAACUGGAUGCUCCAGAACAAGCGGUGAGCCAGUUGACAGAGCAGCAAGAGGGUGACAUUCCAACAGAGCUGAAGGAAGCAGUCCUACAACCAGAAUAUCUCCACAUGGGCAUCUGCAGCAGAGACUCUCCAUCACUGCUCGUGCACAGCCCCUCAGGGGUCUCUUCAGCUGAGCAUGGCCCAGCCCCAGAGUCCCCUGAGCACAGUCUGGCUCUGUGUUUGCACUAUUCCUCCCUGCAAGAAGCUCCACAUUCCACUCACUCAGAGUGUACCAGACUAAGAGCUGACAUGCUGGUGCCUAGCAAUCAGCUGCUGCUCUUCACUGCUUCUGAGGAGGAGAUCUACAUAGGCAAGCCUGCUGUUCCUGGCCAGCCCCCCGCAGAGGCUGGGGACAGCUGUCCUAGCACAAACCUGGAAGCGGAGGGUCCUGCUGAAUAUUCAGGGCCAACAAAAACAGGCCCUGACUCAAUGGAAUCCACAGCCGUUGUUGCAGAAAGCCUGUCGGUCAGCCUUGGAUUGCUUGAGCCAUCAGGUGCCUUGCUGGAGAACUCUGCUGACCCACCAGCAGCAUCUCUCGAAUGGCAGCAAAUCACAGCCAUGUUACAAGGCUCCUUCGGGAACCUCCAGGCCUCCCAGCUCAAAGUGGGGCCUCUUUGUCCUGCAAGCAUCCAGAUGGUGACAGAAGCACAAAGUGUCCUUGCCAGCCUCAAGGAGAGGGUCUUGGAGUGCGCCUCAGAGGCCACCACAGACUCCUCAGAGGCCAACAAAGCACAAGAGGGGGUGGCCAAAGCUCAGCCUGAACCUGAAAUGCCGACUCUCGAACUCACCACUGGCACAAUCUCUCCUCAGCCCAGCGAGGACCAGGGUGCUCAGCAGCUCUCUGAGGCAGAGAGCAGUUCAGAACAAGCACAACUGGAGAGCAUCUGUGAGAUGCCACUUGCAGCAGAGGGGAUGCCCAGCCCUGUACUACUCACUUCCUCUGUUGGCAGCAGUGAGUCUGCAACCCCUGUGCUAGAGAAACAGGAUCUCUCAGCAGAGGAAGACUCCGGCCUGCAUAGUGAAGGGCCCUUGGAGGAAGAGGCAGUCCAGGCUUCCUCUGGAACUCAUGCCAAAGACCAGGACCAGAGGUCACCAAGCCUGGAGGAGCCUACAGAGCUGGGGAUCUUGCCCAGGGAGGAAGAGCCCAGGGAGAGCCCUGGGGAGGCAGGUGUAGAUGGUGCCAUGCCAGAGGCCAGCCAAGCAGGACACCUGAAGAGUCCACAGCAUCCAGCAGACAAGGGUAAUCAGCAAAGCCAAAUCCCACUGGAAGAUACUGAAAGCAACAGAGAGAAUGAGACACAUCCAACUACAGAAGCAACCAGUCCAUUGAUGCUCUGUUCCUCUCCUUCUCCUGAGCCCUCAGCAGCAUCCCUGGCAAGUGAUUCCCAGCCUCCCAAGUCUUCUCCACCGGAGCUUUGCCCCAUCCCUGUGGCGGCUCCCCUCCAGACAGGUCGGCCUGCCUCUCCUGAAACCGCUGUGGAGGAUUCGCCUUCUCCUGAGCCCUCAGCAGCGUCCCUGGCAAGUGAUUCCCAGCCUCCCGAGUCGUCUCCACCAGAGCCUUGCCCCAUCCCUGUGGCGGCUCCCCUCCAGCCAGGUCGGCCUGCCUCUCCUGAAACCGCUGUGGAGGAUUCGCCUUCUCCUGAGCCCUCAGCAGCGUCCCUGGCAAGUGAUUCCCAGCCUCCCGAGUCUCCUCCACCGGAGCCUUGCCCCAUCACUGUGGCGGCUCCCCUCCAGACAGGUCGGCCUGCCUCUCCUGAAACCGCUGUGGAGGAUUCGCCUUCUCCUGAGCCCUCAGCAGCGUCCCUGGCAAGUGAUUCCCAGCCUCCCGAGUCGUCUCCACCGGAGCCUUGCCCCAUCCCUGUGGCGGCUCCCCUCCAGCCAGGUCGGCCUGCCUCUCCUGAAACCGCUGUGGAGGAUUCGCCUUCUCCUGAGCCCUCAGCAGCGUCCCUGGCAAGUGAUUCCCAGCCUCCCGAGUCUCCUCCACCGGAGCCUUGCCCCAUCACUGUGGCGGCUCCCCUCCAGACAGGUCGGCCUGCCUCUCCUGAAACCGCUGUGGAGGAUUCGCCUUCUCCUGAGCCCUCAGCAGCGUCCCUGGCAAGUGAUUCCCAGCCUCCCGAGUCUCCUCCACCGGAGCCUUGCCCCAUCCCUGUGGCGGCUCCCCUCCAGCCAGGUUGGCCUGCCUCUCCUGAAGCCGCUGUGGAGGAUGCACCUUCCCCUCUUCCUUGCUCUGAACUCAUAGAAGUGCCUCCUGCUUUAUCCUUCCCACCACCAUGCUCGGAGGAUCCUAUCCAAGGCCAAAAAGACACCUCAGGUCUCCCAGCAUCUGAAGUGCUCUCAGUCGCAGAGGUCACCCGUGCUGAAGACCAGCCAUCUCUCCCACUGGAUUCCAGGAAAUACUUGGAAGCUCUGGAGAGCUCUGCAUCCCCAGUCCCAUGCAGAGACCCCUUCCCCAGCAGCAGAGAUUCCCGAGGGAGACCCCAGCUCCCAGGGAACAAAGAUGCCAGAGGGAGGGGUUCUGCAUCCGCAGAAGAGAGGCGAGCCCACCGCGGCUCCAUCCAGUCAGAGUCAAGCUCUUCCAGUGAGAGCGAGCUGCCCUACCGCUGCCCAGAGAUCGAGAGCCUGCAGGAGGCGGCUGGCAUGACACUGCUGGAGGACAAGCCGCCAGUGGGACAGAGAAGCUGUGAAGUUAACCAUAAAGGCUCUUGUAACGAUUCAGAGAGCAACGACGAGUCUAUUCCGGAGCUGGAGGAGCCGGAUGUCUCAGAACCCCGGACAGCUCAGACUCAGGCGCAGCUAACACACUCGCUGAGCACUGGGGAGGAAACCAUCAGCAAAGCCAAGCAGAGCCGGAGUGAGAAGAAAGCCAGAAAGGCCAUGUCCAAGCUGGGGCUGCGUCAGAUUCACGGCGUCACCAGGAUCACGAUCCGGAAGUCCAAGAACAUCCUGUUUGUGAUCACCAAGCCGGACGUGUUCAAGAGCCCAGCUUCCGACAUCUACAUCGUGUUUGGAGAGGCCAAGAUUGAAGACCUGUCGCAGCAGGUGCACAAGGCAGCUGCAGAGAAGUUCAAGGUGCCGAUGGAGCACUCGCCUUUGAUCACAGAAACAGCCCCGGCCCUCACUAUCAAGGAGGAGAGUGAGGAAGAAGAGGAGGUUGAUGAGACCGGCCUGGAGGUGAGAGAUAUCGAGCUGGUGAUGGCCCAGGCCAACGUGUCGCGUCCCAAAGCCGUGCGGGCACUCAGACACAACAACAAUGAUAUCGUCAACGCCAUCAUGGAGCUGACCAUGUAGCUGCUGGCCCGGAUGUGCAAACAGACCCACCCCUCUGUAUAGAUGCACAGUUACUCCUAUACAGUACAGCUGGUAUUAAAUACUCUCUAGAACUGCAAAUAUUCCUACUAGUCUGCAUCUCUAAUGCUGCUCAAUAAAACGGCCUCAUGUAUUCACUUGAAA